UCACGUGCUUAUUGAGCCAGCAUUUUCCUCUCUUAAUUUCUAGCUAUGUCCAAGUCGUUCCCCCAUUUUCCCUUUUUUCCGCGUUAAUUUUUCUUCAAAGAAAAGAAGCUAUCAUCGUUCCCUUUAAAAUAAUACUUUGCUAGCUAUUAUUUUAAGCGUAAAACAUGGCAAAGCGUUGGUGGGAUGAAGAACCACCCCACAACACUCCAACAAGCAGCACCAACGGCGACCAAGACAACAACGAUGGCGGCGAUGACAAUAACAACUCCAGCGCGGCGGAGCGAAGAGGAGGAAGAGGCCGCAGGCCACGAGGCCGGCCACCGGGGUCAAAGAACAAGCCAAAACAACCGCUAGUGAUUAAGGAGGAGCUCCCAAACGCCCUUCAAAGUCAUAUUCUAGAGAUCAGCGACGGAGCAGACGUGGCUGAUUCCCUUUCCACUUUCGCAACCCGUCGUCACCGUGGCGUCGCCGUGCUAAGCGGAACCGGCACUGUCACUGACGUCAAUCUCGGGCAGCCUGCGGCGCCCGGAGGCGUCGUUUCACUCCAAGGAACUUUCCAGAUCCUUUCCCUUUCCGGUGCGAUUCUUCCCCCGCCAUCCCCGCCGAGCGCCACCGGACUAACGGUUUACCUCGCCGGAGUUCAAGGGGAGGUGGUUGGCGGUAGGGUGGUAGGACCGCUGGUGGCUUGUGGACCAGUGAUGGUGGUUGCAGCAACGUUUGCUAAUGCCACGUAUGAAAGGCUACCGUUUGAGGAAGAAGAAGAAGAAGAAGAUGAUCAGGAAGAAGAUGAAGUGAUGCGGGUGCAGGUGGAGCCGCAGCAGGAGCAACAAUCUGGUGUGAACGAGGGUUGUACUGGACCACCUGAACCACCAUCACAACCACCACAGGUUUACAGUAAUGAUCGUUCCGGUUUGUUCUCCGAUAACGGUGAAAUGGUGACGCAUGAUGAUGUAUUUUGGUGAUUGGAGGAAGCAUGCAGGUUAACUUUAUGUCUUUAACUAAUAAUUAAUUGAAGUAAAAAUUUAUAUACAAUUAUAUAGGGAGAGUUAAUAUUUGAAAACUGUUAUAUAAUUUAAUAGAUUUAGUUAAAUUAUUAUUUAAUAUUUUUUAAUUAUUAAUUUUAUACAAAAGUAAUUAAUUAUA